AAGCGCGACUGUUAGGACCAGCGGCCAUGUUGAGCCAUUUCUUCACGGCACGUUUUUGUUAAGACGACAGGUUGAAAACAGUCGGUCGAAGCGUGUCUUUUUGUUUUGUCGAACGCGUUCAGGAUUGAACGGCAAAGCACACGGUCAUGUCGGCCGAUGAUUUUCAGAAAAUGUAUGCCUCCGUUAUGGAGGGCAUGCUGAAAAGUGCCGUGGCGGAAACCAGGAAACUUUUUGAAACUAUGGUCGAUGACCUAAAGUCAGAAAUAUCCAAAAUCAAGAAGGAAAACGAAGAGCUUAAGACGAAAUGCAACCAGUUUGAAAAUGCGACAACCGACGCCAAAGAGAGACGACGAGACAGCGCUGUUCAGUGCGUGGCGGAGCAGUCUGGAUCCUCGCAAACCCAAGGGCAGCAGAGCAAGCGUGAAGAACUGCAGGAUGUUCUUCAGAAGGCACAGCACUCUGAGGCCCAUGGACAGGGAAAUUCUGAGAUGACUUUUGUCAUUAUCAACGAAAAUGUGGCUGAGGUGCCAGCUGUUGUCGGUAUGGAAGCAUUCAGUGGCCUUGAAGUGGCGGCACCUGUUACCGGACUUGAAGUGAAGGGGACUGUUGUUAGCCAGAUAUGUUCAAAUGAAACACAGACUUCAUCCCAGAAAUAUGAAGGGACUUCUGUGGCCCAGGGAAUCUCUUCUUUACCUAAUGACGGUAAACUAAGCUGUUUGAAUGAAGCUGAGAGACCUGCAUCCGAACCAGAGCACCGAAUGGUCCUAUCUUUUGUUACAAUAAACAGUGGCGUUGCAGAAGAACCCAAGGAUUGUCCAAAAGGAAUGGACAUAUGGAUAGACAAAGACCUUGUAAUGUUUGAAGAUCCAUCUUUGCUAAUUGCUCAGCAACAACCAGUGCUUGAACCCACUGAAAACCAGAAGUCAGCAGUGGCAUCACUGCAACAUCAAGGAGAUGGAGAAAUGGCUCUAAACAAGCAACUUAAAGUUCCUCUGCAACAGCCUGCUGGUGUUACUUCUACAGAUGAACAGUUGCCAAUGGCACUGCUCAGCAACGGAGCUGAACCAGAUCAUCCUGUGCUCAUCUCACUUGCUACAGGAAAUGACAUAGAGCAGUCCAUCUACACUCCAAAUACAUUUGUGCUUCUGGCACAAGGAGAUGGCCAAUUAGUUGCAUUUGAAGAACAGCCAAUGCUAAUUGCUUUGCAGCAAUCAGUGGUUGAACCCCCUGAAAAAACACCAUCACAGUCUGUCCCUCAGCAGUCUCCAAAAGAAUGUGACAUAUCUAUAAACGAUCAAUUGGGCAAUGCUGUGGAGCGGUCCUCUGGUGUCCCUACUGCAGACAAACCUUCGCCAGAAGCGGAGCAGCUUGAAAAUGAGACAUGUGCAGGAUUAACAAAUAAAGCACAAGAGGUUCUGGUUGUUCCCACACCCGAUUUGACAUCACGCCGUAAAAGAGGACGACCGCCUAAGAAAAGGAGACCGUUCAAAGAUCAACAAACGCCAGAGAAAAGCAUAAUCGAGUCUCGAGUUGAUGAUGUUCCUACAAACCAAGAAGUUGUGAAGGAGGUUGAGGCCUCUUCAGCAGCUGAUAAUGUGAAUGCCUUGUCAAAGGAGUCUCCAAAACCACCUUUAGAUCAGGUCCCAGAGGCUUUAUCUUCUAACAUGUCAUCAGUCCAACAAGCAGCCAGCGCUCAUUUGGGUGAAGUGAAGAACAUUAGUGUUAGCUCAUUACCCAUUUCAGAAACAUCUUUGAUAGUAGAACAGCCUUUGGAAAUGGGGAACAAAUCUGAUUCCCAGCAGCCUGUCAUGGGUAUGGAAGUAGAUAUUCAGGUUCCAACCACAAAUGUCUCAUCUGAUGUUGAAACCACAAGCAUGCCACCCGAGAGCCAUUCAAAACCACUUCAGCCUAGGUCACGUCUCACAUCUGUAACUCUUCAGGAUGCAAUGCUGUUGGUUGAAGCAAUGAACACUCACAGCUUAGUGCCCCAGCCCAUAGUAGAAAACAUAGUCCCCUUUACAGAAACACUCACCACACCUCAAAGCCAAUCUUCUCAACCUGUGAGUGAGAGCCCAGCACAACUCAAUGUUCCUGUUGCCCCCCAGGCAUCGGAUUCAAAAAUGCUGCCUCAGCCUCCUGCUGGAACUUAUGAAGCACUUAGCAGUUUGCCCAAAACGGCUCCACCCACAGAAGAUUAUCCAGUAAAGUCAAUUAUGGGACCUCGUAAAAGUAGUGUUAUCCCUCUAACACAUAAAAAUCCACCUCGCAUAAAAGUCAUCACGGCAGGUCGUAUGGUCAGUCCUUCUUCAAAAACUGGUGUAUCUCAAAUACCGCCACCAACAAAGCAAACACAACUUAAGUCACAUCCACAGCGCAUUAUCCAUCCACCAACGUCGAUGGGGCCUGGGCCUGACAAACGAAAAAUUGGUACAGUCCCUCAGAAAAUAAUUGUUGUUCCAAAAAUGUCAUCUUCACUUUCUUCCCACACAUUCGGGACUCCGCCCCCAACACAGGUUUCUCCUCAUUUAAAAGUUGUUAAUGCCCAUAAACCUAAUUUGCUUCCAGCCCCCAUAGUUGCCAACAUGCCCCUUAAAUCAGGUUUGUGUCCUAGUGUUGUUCAGAAAACAUCAGUUAAAUCCCAGAAAUCACUUUCUGUUGUCACUUCACAGAUGACUUCCACGUCCACAAAUCAGCAGUUGGAAACAUCGCAGCCCCAAAAACUUACAGUUAUAAUUCCAAGACGUCAGCUCCCUCGCCUGCCGAUGCCAGUUGUCAGCAAAAAGCAGGAGGUGGCGGUGGUUGCAUUGCCGCCGGCACAUUCAGGGACCCCAUCACAACUUAAAACUGCUGCAGAGGCACAAGUGUCCUCAGAUGAAGCAGUUACAUCUUCUCAAACAAGGACUAGCACAUCUGACAUCUGUGAACCUGCCAUGCAAAGUAACUCUGUUUCUGCAAAGACAAACACACCACCCAAAACAGUUUCAAAGGUAGCAGUUUCACCGAGGUUAAUGCCAGCCUCUGUGUGCCCUCCUGUCACACCUGCUGUCCAAAUGAAAAGCACUGCAGUAGUCAGGUUAUGCAGACUGCCGCCGACAGUACCACCCGAAGGAGUCGUCGUUUCAAAUGCAUCUACUAAAAAUAAGUCCGUAUUGAACGACUCUACCCAAACAACACAAGAGAAACCAUCUUCUGUGGUCAAAUCAAUGCAGACAUCACAGCAUGCAAAAGAAAUCGUCCUACUUCCUGAGAUACCAACAUCUUCCACUGAUGGGCUUCCUGAUCUCAGAAGGUCUGAGGACAUGUCUGUCCGAGAUUCUCAAAUAACGACAGAGCCAAACCCGGUUCAAGAGAAUCCAACACCGACUGUCAUGGUAACUAAUGCAACUGUGGCUGUUCCUGCAGAAGUUAUUCCACGUGGCGAGACAAUAACUUUGUCUUCAGAAAAGUGCACACUUGAGAAGGCAGAGUCUGUUGAUGGAAGCACGGAGCCAUUUCCGCCAUCUGCUCCGCCAGUGCCUGCGGUUGUCAACCUGACUGAACCUUUAGCUGCAGCCACUGAAAAUAUCAAGCCAGCUUCCAAUUUGCAAAAGGAUGUAACUAACCAUGAAGUGCAGGAGAGUGUGCUGCCAAAAUGCCCAUGUCCCCAAGAGGAACGAUCUGCUACCAUCUUACAGCUAACUGCGGUUUCACCCAGAGACACAUCUGACCCUCACUUAAAGAUGACAAAAACGCAGUUUCUGGCACAGCUGUCUGUGUCGCCUGUGGUGCGAGCCCCCAAAAAGGUUCACUCCAAGGGCUCUUCAGAUCCCAGCACUGCUGCUAAAUUACAGAAAGCAUCUAUUAUGGCCCGACUCCGGAGUCGUGUCAGAAAACUAGGUAAAAGAACUGAAGCAAAUCAAAAAUCGCAACCCACAAUUCCAGAGACCACUCCUAAAAGUCAGGAGAUACCUAGAUUAGAAUGUUUAAGUGAUGUGGAAACAUUUGAUGAAGACUCUAUUCUUGCUGAUAAUGAAAAACCCAGAGUAGCUGAGGAUGUUGAACUUCUUAAGAGCGCAAGUAAUGACUCGUCAAUGAGCCUGAGUUCAGAUUCCAUAGUUCUGAAUUUAUCUGCGGAUGAAGAGGAUGAUGUUGAUGGUGAUGUAAUCCAUGAAAAGGCAGGAGCUGUUUUGCUGAGUACUAGCGGGACGAGCGCAAUCAUAGAUAAUGAAUGUGCUAAAAAUCCAGAUGGAUUUAACCCCGAAGCCACUGAAUCUGUUUCUGUCAGUCCAGCAGCAGACUCUGAUAUAGAUAAUGCUGGUGCUGAAAAUCCUCAAUCCACUGUUCAAAGUUGUGAGAAGUCUCACUCAGUGAGAAGUGACACUAACCUUGAAAAUGUUGAGUUGAUUACUAUCAGUCCUGGAACAUCCAGCUCAGCUAGUGAUUCAACUAAUCCUGAACAAAGAGAAUUUGUUUCUGUCAGUCCUACGACAGAUACUGAUACUGAUGAUGUCGUUGGUGAAAACCUUCAAUCCACUGCUGAGAGUUGUACAGAGUCUCACUCAAUGAGAGAUGACGUUGAACUUCAAGAUGUUGGCACAGUUACUAUCAGUCCUGGAACAUCCAGCUCAGCUAGUGAUUCAACUAAUCCUGAACAAAGAGAAUGUGUUUCUGUCAGUCCGACAGAUACUGAUGAUGUUGUUGGUGAAAACCCUGAAUCCACUGCUGAGAAUUGUACAGAGUCUUACUCGAUGACAGAUGAUGUUGAACUUCAAGAUGUUGGCACGAUUACUAUUAGUCCUGGAACAUCCAGCUCAGCUAGUGAUUCAACUAAUCCUGAACAAAGAGAAUGUGUUUCUGUCAGUCCUACAAUAGAUACUGAUGAUGUUGUUAUUGAAAACCCUGAAUCCACUGCUGAGAGUUGUACAGAGUCUCACUCAAUGACAGAUCAUGUUGAACUUCAAGAUGUUGGCACAGUUACUAUCAGUCCUGGAACAUCCAGCUCAGUUAGUGAUUCGAAUAUUCCUGAACAAAGAGAAUGUGUUUCUGUCAGUCCUACGACAGAUACUGAUAUCAGUGUUGGUGCCGAAAACCCUGAAUCCACUGCUGAGAGUUGUACAACGUCUCACUCAAUGAGAGAUGGUGUUGGGCUUCACGAUGUUGGCUCAAUUCCGAUCAGUCCUGGAGGAUCCAGGCCAGAUAGUGCUGACAAUAAUCCUGAAAACAGAGAAUGUAUUUCUAUCAGUCCUAUGCCAGACUCUGUUGAUUCUGAAAACCCUGACUCCACAGUUGAGAAUUGUACAAAAUCUCACUCAGUGAGAGAUGACACUGGCCCUCAAAAUGUUGAAUCAGUUACCAUCAGUUCUGGAAUAUCCAGCUCAGCUAGUGAUGAUGGUAAUCCAGAAAAGGGAGAAUGUGUUUCUGACAGUCCUAAAACAGACACAGCAAUGGGUGAUGUUGAUGCUGAAAACCCUGAAUCCACUGCUGAGAGUUGGACAAAGUCUCACUCAAUGACAGAUGACGUUGGACUGAUUACUGUCAGUGCUAUUAGGGUUGACGAUAAUCCUAAAAAGAAAGAACGUAUUUCUAUUAGUCCUAUGACAGACUCUUUUGAUUCUGAAAAACCCGAAUCCGCUGCAAAGAGUUGGACAACGUCUCACUCGAUGACAGAUGACGUUAACCCUCCAAAUGUUGGACUGAUUACUGUCAAUUCUGGAAGCUCCAGCUCAGCUGGUGAUGGUGCUGAAGAAAGAGAAUGUGCUUCUGGACGUCCUACACUGUACACGGCUAUAGAUAAUGUUGGUGCUAAAAAUUCAAAAUCCACUGAAAAUUGUAGAAAGUCUAGCUCAACAAAACAUGGCACCAACCCUCAAAAUGUUGGCUCAGUUACAGUCAGUUGUGGAAGAUCCAGCUCAGCUAAUGAUAAUGGUAAUCCUAGAAAGAGAGGACAUGCAUCUGCUAGUCCUAUGAAGUCUAGCUCAAGUAGAGACCAGAAUACGAAUAAAAAGACCAAAUCAACUGUAGUGACUCCUCAAAGGACUACCACUACAAAUGGCACAAAACCUAAAAAGACUAAGUCCAUUCCUGUCACUCCUAUGAAAUCUAGAACAAAUAGAGAUAUCAACUCUAAAAGGGUUGGAUCUCCUACUCUCAGUUCUAGGAAGUCGAGCUCUGCUCAAGAUGGCACUAGGCCUCAAACAGCUGUGUCUGCUUCUGUCGGUUGUCAGGGGUCUGACUUCAACAGAGAUGUUACCACUCCUAAAAAGACUGCAUCCACCUCUGCCAAUCCGAGGAGGUCUAUAGUUAAUAAAGACGAAUCUGUGAUUAAACAGACAAAAAGUGGAUUAAGUUCUGUCAAGCGUAGGAGGUCCAGUAGAGCUACAGAGUCUUCUAGUGCUAAGAAACCCAGGAGUGAAUCUUCUCCAUAUAAAAGUUUACCUAAAUUAGCUAAAAAUGGUAUCACCUCAAAAAAUACUGGCCAACCCCCUGCUGAGAACCCCUCUUUAAUUCACAAUGGCGCUGGUCCCAAAAAGAGUCCAAGAGUGGUGAAUGCUAAGAAGUUAACUGAGGCAGCCAAAGCUAAGACACCAGCAAAAACAAAGAAGUCUAACUGGGCAAAGUUGCAAAGUGACAGUGAAGAAUCAGAAACAGAGGACUUUGUGAAUAGUGGUACUGAGAAGAAUUCUAAAUCGAAAGCUGAAAGGGCCACACCUACAACUCCCACCAUCAGAACACCCCUGGAGAGGGAUGGUGCAUCACAGUCAGCAAAAAAUAAAGAGUCGUCCACCGGUCAAGCUGAGGUCCAAGUGACCCGAAAGCGGCGAGUUCUGACUAGUUCUCGCUUGCUGAUGAAAUCAGACUUAUUUGUUUCCACCACAGAGAAUGCAAGCAAGAAAGGUAAAGCAAAACCUCGCUUCCCAGUCAUUUUUCCACCAAUUGGUUGUCCUCUCCCAAUGCCUGCCAUAACACCAAAGCCUUAUCCAGAAAUUGGUAGAGUUCUCCUGAAAAACCAGUGUGGGGAAUGUGGGCGUGUCCUCAGCAGUCAGUCUUCCCUGGAGAACCAUGUUAGGGUUCAUUCAGGUAGCAGACCUUUCAUCUGCAAGCUCUGUGGAAAAAGCUUCCCAAAUCUCAAAGGCCUGAAACGGCACAUUGGAGUGCACCGUAAUGGCAAGAUACAUAUCUGCCCGCACUGUGGGAAGGGAUUUGUCUAUCGUUUCGGCCUCACCAAGCACAUCCUGAUGGUGCACAGCAGAAUUAAACCGUUUGUCUGCCAGAUCUGCAGCAGGGGAUUUUUCUCAAGACGAGACGUGGAAGCUCACAUCCGUAUUCACACGGGAGAGAAACCAUUCCAAUGCAACCUGUGUCAGAAAAAAUUCACAAGGAAAGUCGAACUCAAUAUGCAUUUGAUGUGGCACAACGGAGAGAAGAGACACUGGUGCGCAUUUUGUGGGAAGGCAUUUUUAGACUACAACAAUAUGAAAAGGCAUCAGUAUAUCCACACAGGAGAGAAACCAUACGCCUGCACACACUGCCCCAAGCGCUUCAAACAGUCAAGCCACCUGAAAAAACAUAUGUCAAGUAUACAUAAAACCAAUUGAGGGACCUUUCUCAUUUAUAUGUCUUGACGUAUUUGAGAUUUAACCUAAGGAUUUGAAAGAAAUGAGGGCUUGAUUGUUGUUUUUUUUUUUUUUUUUUUUUUUUUUUUAAAUUCAUGGUUUAGCAUUAUCUCCAAAGACAGAUUAGAGAUAUGUGAUAUCUAGGUUGGAAGAAUAUUAAGAUGUGGUUGUUAAAAUUGUAUAUGCUUGAGGAUUUAAACAUGUAGCUCUUUAUACUGAAUGGAUGUUUUAUCUGAAUGCGUGCAGAUACUAGUAAAGUGUGACAUAGAUCACAGCAUAGGAACACACUUUCAGUUGUUUCAGUUGCUGAAACUGCAAAUUGAGUUUUUAAUUCCAGUAUUUUUUUUUUCUCUCUUUUUGUUGCUAAAACUGUGACUAGGACAUGGGAUCUAAGUUUCUCUUGCAGUAGGUGUCUAAUCAUCACCAGCUGUCACUUGCUGAUGAUACGUCAGCUGUACAUUGUGUAUAUCUUGCCGAAUGAACAGACUCUGACUUGUAGUCCUUUAAAAUAAAGUACUCACUUGGGCUUUU